AUGCAGUUUAGCCUGCCAUCCAUCCUGUCCAGCUUUAACCAAUGGGGAGCUUUUCUGUUCUUCGGCGCAUGGUGUCUUGUUGCCAUUAUUUACACCUUCCUCAUGAUCCCUGAGGUCUCUGGCCUCACUGUGGAGGAAAUCGAAGAGACUUUCAAGGGCUCGUGGUUUAAUGCUUAUCAGACCUCGCGACACCGCCAAGUGAUUGAAGGCCGACCUGGGGCUGAGGCGCCCGUUGUCAGCAAGAUAAUCACGGUCAGGACCAAGUCUAUGGACGGUGAAGGAAAGGCUGAGCCUUAA